GCCUGACAGCUAGUGCCUACAGAGAUGCUGAAGUCACUCUUCUACAACAAUCCCAACAAGAGUCUUUCCCCUUAGACCUUGAACAGUUAAGGGCUGGUAAAAUUCUCUCUCAUAACAGUCGCUUAAAAGCUUUGGCACCUGAACUUGACAGUGAGACCCAGCUAAUUCGAGUUGGAGGUCGCCUACGUCACAGUCCCUACCUUGAGCGAGACACUGUACACCCCAUCGUUCUUGAUCCAAAGCACCCAAUCACACAGCUCAUCAUACAAAGUUAUGAUGCCAAACUCCACCACCCAGGAUAUGAGAGAGUAUUUGCUGAACUUCGACGCAAGUACUGGAUUCUCCGCGGUAGGGAAGCUGUUAAGCGGUUUCAACGGAGCUGUGUAGAGUGCCAGAAAUGGAGGAAGAAUCCAGAGAUCCCCAAAAUGGCAGACCUACCUCCAGCCAGACUACGCUUAUUCCGACCUGCAUUCUAUUCUACAGGUAUGGACUGUUUCGGCCCUUAUACUGUCAAGGUUGGUAGGAGGACUGAGAAGAAAUGGGGUAUCAUUUUUAAGUGCUUAACCACUCGAGCAGUGUACAUUGAUGUUCUACAUAACCUCGAUGCUGACUCUUUCCUCAUGGCCCUCCGACGCUUCACUGCCAGGCGCGGAACCCCCUUUGAACUCAUAUCAGAUCAGGGUACCAAUUUUAAGGGAGGAGAAAGGGAACUCAGAGAAGCCUUUGCAGCUCUUGCCCCUGAACUUCAGGCACAUCUAGCCAGACAACAGAUUGAAUUCCGUUUCAACCCCCCAAAUGCUCCUCACUUCGGAGGUUGCUGGGAGCGAGAAAUACGUUCUCUCAAGCAAGCACUGACCGCCACCAUCGGAGCUCAGUCAGUAACCUUUGACGUGCUACAAACGGUGUUAGUGGAGAUUGAGGGAAUUCUAAACUCAAAACCCUUGGGUUAUACUUCCUCUGACAUUGCGGACCUAGACCCCAUCACUCCAAACUCUCUCUUGAUGGGGCGGCCAGAUUCCACUCUACCUCCAGUGGUAUACCCAGAGUCUGAGCUUAUAAGCAGGCGGCGAUGGCGCCACAGCCAAGUUCUUGCAGACCACUUCUGGAGACACUUCCUGAGGUUUUACCUUCCUGGUCUGCAAACCCGUCAGAAGUGGCAAGGGGACAUAUCUGACAUUCAAGUUGGCACCACAGUGAUGAUCGUCGACCCACAGUUGCCUCGAGCACUUUGGCCAGUGGGACGAGUGUCAGAAGUCUUCCCUGGGGCUGACGGUAGAGUGAGGACAGCUAAUAUUAAGGUGGGCGAAAAGACAUACACACGCCCAAUAGCACGUAUUAUACAAUUGCCUAGCAUUUCUGAGUAAUGUAAGAUUGUACACCAAUAUGUUACUUAGAGGCCCUUUUUGUAAUUGUACAGAUUCUGUCCCCAGAAUCUGGGGGCGGCUGUUAAAAAGGCCAUUAUAUUCAUAAGAAUAAUAUGCCUUUUGAUUUAAAUCUCUCUCUGUUUUGCCGAGAUUGAUUGGCACGCAGCAUCCAGCACAGCAGCCAAUCAGCGCUCACGGAUCGACGUGCAGGCGAUCAUCCCGCCCAUAGCGCUUAGUGCAAAGUUGAAAGCGAGUCCGGCGGAGCGCUGACGCGGAUGCUGAACUUUUACGUUAUAUAUCUUAUAUAGUUUUAUUCAUUGUUCGGGUGUUGUGCGUCUAUUCAAAAAAAACCACACACACACAUACUGAAUAUACCCAACUAAGACAACUCUUCAACUUUUUACUAAUAACUGAGUUGUUGUGGUGACAAAUAAACGGGUUACUCCCAUAUUUCAACCAUCUUUGCCCUAGUCUCUUACCGGACACCCUGUGGUGGGUUUCAAACCUAACCAGCAAUAUACUGCAAUGAGAAUGUGCUACCAACAGCUAACUCAUUUUUUCAGCU